GCAUGUCCCGGGGCGGCGGGGGCCCGGCGCCCUGAGCGGCGCCAUGCGGGGCCGGCUGCUGGCGCGGCUGCGGCGCCGGAGGCAGCUGAGGCUGCUGCUGGCCCUGGGCGCGCUGGCCCUGGGGCUCUGGGCCGCCUACCUGGAGCUGGUGGCCGCGGCCGGUGGAGGGGCUACCCCGGAGCGCAGAUAUAAAAGCUGGAGAGAGCUUGCUAAGGUUCUGUCAGACACCAAUGUUCCAGGUGGGGACCCAAGCCUUCAGCUUGACUAUCCACAGRAUUUGGGACACCAGAUCCAAGAAGUGCAAAGAAGUGCGAGGAAUAAAUCGAAUUAUGCAGCUGUGGACAAUCCUGUCCCAUGGAUGCCAGAGUUCCAGGGCCAGGCCAAUCUACACGUUUUUGAGGACUGGUGUGGCARCUCCAUUGAGCAGCUCAGGAGAAACCUCCACUUCCCCCUCUUCCCUCACACAAGAACUACGCUGAAGAAGUUGGCUGUGUCCCCAAAAUGGACCAAUUAYGGUCUCCGGAUAUUUGGCUACCUGCAUCCUUUCACCAGUGGGGAGUUUCAGUUUGCCAUUGCUGCGGAUGACAAUGCUGAGUUCUGGCUGAGUCCAGAUGAAAAGCCCUCUGGUCUCCAGCUGCUGGCCAGUGUAGGCAAGACAGGGAAGGAGUGGACUGCACCAGGAGAAUUUGGGAAAUUUCACAGCCAGAAGUCAAACAUGGUGAGGUUGUCAGCGACAGGCAGGUACUACUUUGAGGUGCUGCACAAGCAGGAUGACAGAGGAACAGACCAUGUGGAAGUGGCAUGGAGACUGAAUGACCCAGAAGCAAAGUUCAAAAUCAUUGACUCCCAGUAUCUCUCCCUUUUUGCUAACGAGACRCUUUUAAAGAUGGAUGAGGUUGGGCACAUCCCACAGACGUUGGCCAGUGGCAGGAGCCCUGCUGACAGCACAGGCAGCAGGGCACACCCAGCUGACAUGUUGAAGCCUGACCCCCGGGACACUCUUUACAAAGUGCCUCUGCUCAGCAAGGCUCGUGUGCACCGAGCCCUGCCAGACUGCCCCUACAAGCCCAGCUACCUGGUGAAUGGAUUUCCUCUGCAGCGCUACCAGGGACUCCAGUUUGUUCAUUUAUCCUUUGUUUACCCAAAUGAUUACAGUCGCCUGAGCCACAUGGAGAAAGACAACAAAUGCUUCUACCAGGAAAACCCUUAUUAUUUGGAAAGAUUUGGAUUUUACAAGUACAUGAAAAUGGAUCGGCCAGAGAAGAGCCUGGACUCUGGAGAAAAGACAGAACAGCCAGGCUCCCAGGAGGGGAACCUGGAUGACGUGCAGUAUGAGGAGCAGGAUGUGGAAAGCACAAAUGCCCCCGAGCACCCUGGCAUGGGGAGGGCAGCAGGCAAUGUCCCCAGCAGCGUGUUGGGCAGUGACAAUAUUCACGAUGACUAUUCCCUCCGGGAGCGUCGUCGGCUCCUCUCGGUGAUGGGUGGCAACGCAGGAGAGGAGACACGGAGGAGAAGGACAAAAAGGUCUGGUGUCAAAUCAGCCAUGCUGGCCUCUACCAACCAAAGCCUCAGCCUGACUGGCCUGGAGGGAAACYCAGUAACAAAGAGACCCCGUAUAAAAGCUGGCGUCAAAGACAAUUCCAGGAGCCCUCCSCAGCAUGCCAGGGCCAUCCAGGGGAGAGUGCCUGUCAGAAGGGCAAACCCUCCUGCUGGGACUCUGUCUCUUGGCCACCCAAGGGACUCAGGGGUCGCAAUUCCCAAAGUGUGGAGACCUCGAGGGAAUCUCAGCACCACUAAGGACAGGCUGCGGCCAGCAGGCACCGUGCCAGCUGGGAAAGGAGGCCCAGUUUCUGGCAAAGCUGGGAGACAUGUGGUGGGCACUGCCAGCCCCAGCCAGCAGCCUGGGCUGCCACAGUGGCUGAGCCAAGUGGAGUCCUACAUUGCUGGGCAGAAAGUGCCUAACAAUGGCCAUGUGGGCGAAGGAGGGGCACAGGUGGCAUCUCCUGUGAAGGGCAAGUCUGGAGGGGCAGCAGAAGAGGAAGAGGAAGAGGCAGAUGGGGAGCCAGAGGAGGAAGAUGAGGAGGAUUUCGAUUACGUGCCGGUGUUUGACCAGGCAGUCAAYUGGGAGCAGACCUUCAGCAUGAGCAACCUGGACUUCCACAUGCUGCGCACAGAUUGGAUUGACCUGAAAUGCAACACCUCGGGAAAUCUGCUGCUAAGAGAAAGGGAGGCCCUGGAAGUUACACGKGUCUUCCUGAGGAAGCUCAACCAGAGGAGUAAAGGGCGCUUCCAGCUGCAGCGCAUUGUGAAUGUGGAGAAACGCCAGGACCGCAUGCGGGGCAGCCGCUACCUGCUGGAGCUGGAGCUGCUGGAGCAGGGCGGGCGCCUCGUCCGCUUCUCCGAGUACGUCUUUGCUCCGGGCUGGCAGGGCGUCGGUGGCGAUGAGGAGGACGAGAGGAGGAUGAGGAACCUGGCRUGGGGCCGCCGGCGGCACCUGAUGGCUGCAGCCAAUGAGCCAGAGCUGUGCUGGCCCCAGGGGUUUUCCUGGAACCACCAGGCCGUGGUUCACUUCGUGGUGCCAGUGAAAAACCAGGCACGUUGGGUGCUGCAGUUUAUCUCUGACAUGGAAGAGUUGUUCCGAGUCACUAAGGAUCCCUACUUCAGUGUCAUCAUCACAGACUACAGCAGCGAUGACAUGGAUGUAGAGAAGGCUCUGAAAAGGUCUACUUUGCACAGCUAUCAGUACCUGAAGCUGACAGGGAAUUUYGAGCGUUCUGCUGGGCUGCAGGCGGGGAUAGACCUCGUAACGGACCCACACAGCAUUGUCUUCCUGUGUGACCUCCACAUCCAYUUCCCAGCUGGAGUCAUUGAUUCCAUCAGGAAGCACUGCGUGGAAGGCAAGAUGGCAUUUGCACCCAUGGUCAUGAGGCUGCACUGUGGGAUGUCCCCACAGUGGCCUGAUGGCUACUGGGAGGUGAAUGGGUUUGGUCUCCUGGGCAUAUACAAGUCUGACCUGGACAAAAUUGGAGGCAUGAACACAAAAGAGUUUCGGGACCGCUGGGGAGGAGAGGACUGGGAGCUCCUGGACAGGAUCUUACAGUCUGGGCUGGAAGUGGAGCGUCUCUCCCUGAGAAACUUUUUCCACUGGUUCCACUCAAAGCGGGGCAUGUGGAACCGACGCCAGCUGAAGACACCGUAGCCUUCAACCCCAAAGUUGUUUGGCAGCACUGUCCACCRUCUCAUCCAGAUGUGCACUUUACUGGGGCACACAGCCGAGUGCCCAAACUCUUCCUCUGCCUCCAGAGCCCUGUGAUGGGAUGGCACAGCCAAGGAAGGGAUGAUCAGGCUAGCGGAGCAGGAGCUUCUCUUGUCAGCCAUUGCACCCRAGAUGUGGGAUCCAUGUGUGGCUGGGAAGGUGUGUGGGGGAGAUGUCGACAAGUAAAGGACUCRUAUUUCCUGCCAUGCAGUCUGGUGRAAGGCACAGUGGGAGAGGUGCCGUGUUUCCUCUUGAGUCUUGCACCAAACAAACACAAAUCCCCGCUAAGCCCAGAAUGGUUUAUCUAGAGCAAUGUAGCUUCUCUUUCAAUACUUGAAUGAAAAAAAGAAAGAAACAACCCACAACCAUCCCCAUUUCCUCUCCUUCACCAUCUCCAGUGUCCCUGAUUUUGGACAGGAGACCAGAGACCAAUAUUGAUCUGAGUUCUCUGAUCAGUAUUGCACCCACAUGCCCACGCUGACUCAAGGAAAUCUGGAUUUGGAGGAGCUGAUAGGCACUUUAGGCUGCUGGUGCUUAGAGGUUUCUCUGUGCUUUUCACUUUAGUCAUUAUGAAAAACUCUGUGUUCAGCAAAUUAUGGGCCAUGGAUGGAGAUGCAAAUACAUUUCCCUUACAAGAAUCAUGUUUGCCUGUAGCUGGGUGAGCUGGGCAAGGGUGAUGUUACAAUUCCACCUGAAUUAUUGAUCCACUGCCUGAGGGUAGUGGAGGGGCUACACAGAGAAGCUAAYAGGGCAUCUCAGGAGGAACUUUGCAGCCUUAUCUGACAGACGUGUGUUUGUCCUAACAAUAUCAGGGAAACCCUAGCAGGGAAGAAGUGGCACUAUUUUAUUAGUUGAAAUAUUGUGAUUUGUCAGAAGAGGAGAGAGUCUUCUGCUUUCGAAAUCCUGUACAUUUAUGCAGCAUCUAAAAGUUAAUUUAAUAAGUUAUGGCCUCAUAGUUGUGUCUUGUCAUAGUUUGACUCUUCUGUAAAGAGAACCAUCAUGGCUGUUGAUGCUUCAUCUCUGGAACAGCCCUGGGAGCUCUGGCCUGGUACAGAGGAGGUGGCCUCAGGUCUUGGCACAUGCACUGGGUGUAACGAGCAGUGAGGACAGAAGAGGGUUGAGUGAAUAAAAGGAUGGGCAAACCCAUGCUGUGACUGAUGCAAGAACUGUGGAGAGAGCCCACAGCUGGCCUGAUGCUACAGGGAAGUCUCAUCCCCUAAAUCUCCUGUUAAUGUAAGGCAAGAUUUUUUUUUUUUUUUACCCUGUAACCAUUUCAGAAGACUGUAUAACCCAGAAAUCCCGGAAACACUCAGUGCUUUUCGCUGGCGCUUCAGUGUGCCCAUACCAUGCUGAAAAGGCUGCAAGAGAAAGGCUCUCAAGCUUGAGGAGAGAGUGUGACAAAAGGUGCUGUUCAUGGUGCCCAGUUCUGUGGGGACUUGUUGAGGAGUGAGUAAUGGAUGUAUGCAGAAUACAAGCAAUGCUGACACAGUACUAGAUUUUUUURCUCUCUGUUGAUGGAGUAGAUGCCAAUUCAGAAUAGGCAUUCAUUUAUUGCUGGGUCUGUGGUGCUUGACAAGUCCAUCAAGUUCCGCUAUUGCAGUGAAGACUGAACAUGCAAGUUCUGGCACGUGAGAUAGAAAUCUUGUCAAAUCAUCUGCUUGCGUCAGUCUGGGUUUUGUGACUGAUGGAUUUAGGAAAAGUCAGCCAGAUACCAGAAAGUUCUGCUGUGCAGUGUGCAGCUGUGGUGAGAAGUAGACAGGAGAUGGCUGUGUCUCUGAAUCCAUGGAGCCUUUGCCAGAAUGGAGACACUGAAUAUCCCAGAAGAGGCAGCCUUUAGCCAGCUGCCCAAGCCAGAGUAGUCUUCCUAUUGAGGGAAAAUACCCACGCAGAUGCUAAAACAUUAAAUCACUCCAGUUGGGAUGAGAGGGAAGAGGCUGGCAACAGUCAACACUUAAAAAAAAUUGUCUUUUUUAUUUUUUUUUAAGUAUUAUAGGAGUUUGGGAGGCCAGAGCCCUUUGAUGCAGUGUUGUAAUAAGCCCUGUUUCUGCCUGGAAUGUGCAGUGUCAGUCAUGCUCUCAGUGCGUGUCAGAGCCUGUGCUUCCCUCAGACACAGGCACAGCUCCACGAGAGUGCAGGUGAGCUGCUUUCCAGGCUCCAGGACUGUGCCUCCCCAGCCUGUCCAGGCUGGCUCUGUCACGCAAUCCCUGUGGAAUGGGGAGAGGCUGUCAGGAGGGUGAGUGCUGGGACACAGAGAGGCGUUAGCAGAACCAGCUGUCUGGCCCCAUCAAGCUGAGAACAGCAUGGUGCCCACUUUGCAGAUGAGCUGCUGGGUUUGGUGGCAGCCCAUAAGUCAAACACGGGGAAAAAGAGUUAUUGGUACCAUGUGCUUUCACACCUGGCUAUAGAUGUGGUCUGCAGCACCUAAAGUUAGCAGCUGGCAUUCAUCUGCUGGCACUGGCAAGAAUUCAGUGCAUCCAGGAGGUAACUCACUUGGCUUAAAUGACAUGAGUAGCCCCUCUUCCCYGCCACAGAGRACAGUCAGCAAAGAGUGGACUGGASAGUAGGGUGCACCCCUCAUUACAGCACUGCCAGCAGAAUUUGAGGAUUUUUUUCCCCCCAUUUUUCAGCUGUGAUUGUGUUCCUUCUUUCAGACCUUGUAGUCAAGGCCAGUGGUAAGCAGAACUACCUCGUGAGGACUCCUUGGUGGAGAUGUAAGGAGUUACUUGUUUUCAGUCCAGUUUUCUGAUGACCAGUGUUCCCCACUGUCAAAGCUGCCCUCUCAAAUGUUCUUCCCUUUCAGUGGGAAUUCUCAGUUGAUAUCCAAGCAUUGCAAUAGUAAACACAAUUAAUACUAAUUGGCACUGGCUGGCAGCCUCCAUGGAGGAGCUUGGAGAGCCCAUGGGGACAAAAACUGCCUUCCAGCGUGCACGCUCAGAGACCUCACUGCAGGUUGUGGGGAAAGAAGGGGCUCCACGCUCCCCAGUUUACUGGCCAGCAGCAAACCUUGCUGGAGCACCACUGGGCUGCCCCUGUUCCAAAACAAGCUGCAGUUUUUCUCCUCAGGCAGAGUCACAGAGAGGGGGAGAGCAGGAAGCACAGCAGGARUGGAUCCCUCAGCCACGCAGUGAAAGGACAUGGCCAGGAAGCUGACUCCCCUCAACAGCUGGUCACAUUUCUGUCACCAGGAUCUUUUUAGGAAGCUGUGCGGGAGUUUCUGGCCUUCAUGUGCAUCCUGGCUGCUCCCUGCCUGGACAGCCAGAGGAAGUCAGCUGCAUAGGAUUUUCCUUGCAUCAGGCCAGGAGCGAGCUGCUCCGGAAGCGCUCCGGCUGGGGAGAUGAUGGAYCGUGCCACAAAAGAGACCUUCCCCAGGGCAGGAUGUGACCAGGCUGGGGAGUCUGGGCCAUCAAGUGUGAGGUGCAGGGCAAGGGGGCACUGCCUGCAAAUGUGACUGUGUSUUCAGGACCGAAUUGUGGUGCUCAGGCUUGCUUUGCAGGUCAGCAAAGGGAAUGAAGGAGGGCAGGCUUUCAAUCUGAGCAGAGUAUAUUGUGUGAAAAUUGUGAUUUGCUUCAUCAUUGUCUUAAUGUUUGCCUGGUACAAACAUCUUCCUCAUUGCCUACAAAUGUCUGAAAUUGAUUGUUUUUUAGAUACAGAUGCCUUGUGUUAAAAAUCUGAGUUGUACCUUUGAAUUACAUGCCUUAAAGUGUCUCUGUGCCUUCAAGAUGACUCCUGGGCCACCUCUCUGAUGGAGCUGGGGGAUAUACAGAUUCUCCCUCAUGUUUUAUAAAUACAUUGUCUUCCUACAAGA